AAAAUUUACGGGGCACCAUUGUUAUGCAGGUACGAAGAGGACGAGAGUUUGACGAAUACGAGGAAAAAACUGAAGAGAUACAUGCAUUACUACGAGAGAUGGGCGGCCAACCACAAGUCGAGGGAAAUCGCGGCGGGUAACCUCAAGUGGGCGAAAGACGAGCUUAUUUCGGUUGUAGCCGAAAACAACCAACAACUACCAGAAGAUGGAGUGGAAUUGGUGAUCGAAGCCUUUGAGCUGAUAACGGAAAGCAGGACCGCGUUGAAAUGGAGCUACGCGUACGGUUACUACGUGCCUUGGCGUGCAAAUUCGGCAAAGUUGGCCUUUUUCUUGUUCUUGCAAGGGCAGGCCGAGCGCGUUCUCGAGACGCUUCACCGUUGUGCUGAGAGGGGGGUUGAAAAGUACUCGAAAACCGAUUUUCAUCUGUACGAGUUUAGGGAUUUUACAGAUGAGCUGAGAGGUUUGAUCGAAUUGACGAGGAAUCACUUUGGGGAGUUGGUUCGAGCGUUGGAGAAUAAUCUUUCCGAAGUUACUGAAGUUAAGAAACCUGUCGAAAAACCACCAGCUCCUUCUAAGAGACGGACACGCUGAACAAACCCUACGUUUUACAUUUACGUUUUAUUUCGAAUCUGCAAAACUUAUUGCCAAUAGUAUAUAUGCUUUCUAAUUUUUACCU